AUGGAGGAAGGGGAGAAGGCGAAACCAGCCAAGUAUUUUCCCCUAUGGAAGCUGGCGCUAGUGGCCCUACCACAGCUUGGAGUUCAAGUGACCUGGUGCUUCAUUGGGCCAAAUGCUGCACCCUACAUGCUUCAUUUAGGCGUUGGACCUUCGCUGGCAACCCUGAACAACAUUGCAGGGCCGAUCACCGGCUUCUUCACGGGACCCAUUGUGGGCGCCUGGUCUGAUCGUUUGACCUCGCGAUUCGGGCGCCGUCGCCCAAUUAUUUUGGCUGGGCUGGUUUCCACCUGGGUGGCCGGAGUGUUGUUCUCAGCUGCUGACCACAUGUUUGAGGACUCCACUGGAAAGAUUGCGUUCGCUGUGCCCAUGUAUUGGAUAAUGGACGUGACCAUCAACAUCUUACAGACCCCAUACCGGGCAUUGGUGUCGGAUUUGGCCACCAAAGAGCAGCAGAUUCCAAUGCAGGUGAUUUUUGUCUUCUUUAUGGCCAUUGGCAAUAUGAUCGGCUACUCAAUCAUGAAGAUUUGGGAUGUGCCUGCCUUCCACAUGCUGAAGUUGAUGCUGAUCAUCUGCACCCUGAACACCAUAUGCAUCGCUAUUCAGUUCAUGGUGGCCAAAGAGGAGCCGUUGAAGCGAGUAGAAGGUGAAAAGGCCAACUGCUGUAGUCCUGUAGUCAGUGUCUUCAAAUCAUUGCGAGGCAUGCCACGGUUGCUCUACCACCUUGCCUUCGUGCAGUGCUUGGUUUGGAUCGGCAACACUGCCUGGACCUACUAUGCAUCCCAAUGGUUCGCGGACUCGGUCUACCAAGGCUGGAGUGCGCAGGACAAUUCUGAUCUCAGCGAUUCCCAGACAUUCCUGGCGGACCUGUCGGCGGUCCAACGCAAGCUGACCAAAAUUGGUAUCCAAAGUGCCAAGGAACUCUCGGAAUCGUUCAGCCAGCUGAAUGAGCUCCUGUCAGCUGCGGGCUUCUUGAAGUUUAGUAAUGACACCUUGGAGGAGUUGAAACUGCGCCUGCCAUCCAAAGUGGAAGGCCUUCGGGGUGUUCCAUCCUUGACGAAUCGCAAGAUGGGCUUCGGGGGCCCAAGUCCUCAUAGAGUCUUCCAGCAUCACCAGCCAAACGUGGCAAACCUGGAGGUGAAGACCUUUGACUGGAAAGACUGGGAGGUGAAGCCCCCAUCCACUCCACCCCUGCUGGCACGACCUUGCGUGAUGGCUUCCUAUGCUGCUGAACUGGAUGAGCACCCAGAGGAGGAAGAAGAAGAGGAAGAUCCAGAGGCGCACUUGUCAGAAGAUGACAUGAUGAAGUUGUGUGUGGCCAAGAAGAUCCCACUCCUCCAACUGGAGAGCAGUCGGCGGGCUAUGCUGGUGAUCCGCCAGCUGGACCUACUAGACAAAAUGUCUAUUUCAGCGCUCAGAACCGAGUACAAGAAAAGAGGCUUCGCACCAGAUUUUAAGCUGCGAAGGGAGCAACUCCUUGCCCAUGUCAAGGACGUAGUGAUUCGGGAGAACCUGAAACUCGAAGAUCUACAAAAUCUGUGUCGACAGCAACAACUGCCCGUCGAAGAGGGCAUGCCGCGAUCGAGCUUAAUGCAGCUUUUAGCGGAUGACUCCUGGUCUGUGGUGGGCAUCCCAGUGCAACAGCUGCCAAGUUUAGUGGUGGCCCAUGGAAUCCUGGAUUCUGUGGCAACGCUUCACAGCAAGCAGCUGCCUGAGCUGGUGGCCAAUGCGAAACGCAUGGGGAUUCCAUUGGAACACAAACCCGAUCGUGAGGAGCUUCUGCCCCGCAUUGUCAAGGCAAUGGUGUGGAAGCAGAUGGAUGAUGCAGCACUACGUGUGGAAUGCGAGCGCUGUGGCGCUCCGCUGGAUGAUAUACCACGGCAUGCUUCAGGUGGUGUCAAGUUGCUAGUGAACAAUGGCUGCAAGCUGGGCCGGCAGAAGAUGGAACAGCUUUUGCUGCAGUCCUUGUGGCUGGACAUUUGGAAGGCCAAUGGUAUCUUUGUACAAAGUCUUGGCAACCAUGAGACUGCUGCAAAGCUCUUCACAGAGGUGGAGGCUUUGCAUUCAGAAGACAUGGCUCAAGUACAAGAACGCUACAGGGCACUUGAUCUUCCUGUAGGCCAGCUUGAUGAUCACAAGUGGGUUAUGCAACGCGUCUCCGAAUCGCUUUUCUGGGAAGCUUUGCCCCUGUCAGAGCUGCUGGAAGAAUGCGAGAUGCGUGGAGUUUCCGUCAGCGACAGGGAACGUCAAGCAGAUGAAGAUGCGAGGAGAAGCAUCGUCCGGAAGUUGGUGAAGGAGUCCUGCCUCAGAGCUUGGGUGAAGAUGGGCAUUCCUGUGAGCCGUUUGGGGGAUGCCCAAGCUGCUGCUUUGGUGGCGGAGGAGUGGAGAAGUUUAGCCAACAUCACCUCUGCAGACUUGAAAAUUAAGUGUGAACUGCAUGGUGUGCCAGUGGAUGCCGGCCUGGAGCGACAUGACUUGUUGCAGCUGCUGAAAGAUGUAGCAGUUUGGGAGUCAAUGCCGAUCCAUGAGUUGAAACUGGAAAUUGCCAAAAACACAGGUCCAGCCAUUUGUGAUCGAGGCCUGGACGAGUUCCGACAGCAUUGCCAACUGGUGGAACAGCUGCUCUUGCGGCGUUGCGCCGAGUUCUACGAGGGCAAAGGAAUCCCUGCAAGACGCCUGGGAUCCCUCAAGGCGGCAGCAAACUUGGCAAAGGAGCUAGCGGAGCUGGAUCGGCAGGAUAGUGCCAGCUUGAAAUCUGAGUGCCGUCGUCUGGGUGUGCCAGCAGAUCACUUGCGACAGCAGGAGCUGUUGGAGCUACACCGAGAGAUUUCAGUUUGGCGGGCCUUGCCAGCUGCAGAAUUGCGCUUGGAAUGCCGCGCCAAGAGUGUUGCAUGCCCCCAGCCCCAAAGCCUUAUCACCGAAGACGAGCUCAAAGAGUUGCUGGUAGACGCUCUUCUGAUCGAAAAGUGCGAGGCCUGGUAUGAGAGACGUGGACUGCCAGUUCGCAAGCUCGGCUCUGUCAAAGCUGCCAUGAAAGUUGCGGAGAAGUGGGAACAGCUCGACAGUCUAAGUGAAGGUGGCUUGCUGUUCAAAGCUUCAGCCUUCAGCAUCCAUGUGGACAAGGAUUGCAAGCGCGCAGAAGUGAUAGAACGUGUGAAGCAAGCCAUGCUUUGGAGCGAGUUGCCACUGAAAGAAUUGCAACGAAUUGCUCGUGCUCACGGUCUACCUGGCCGUGAGACCCAGACGAAGGAACUUCUUCACCGGCUGACAUCGACACUUUGGCCACCGCCACCACCUCCACCACCUGAACCAAAGCCCAAGCCCAAACCAAUGAAGUUUGAGCGAUUUGAGCACUUUAAUUUUGGUUCCCCAAACUUUCAGAACUUCAAGAAGCCCGUGCCUCCUUCAAAGGCUUCGAAAAAUCUGAUGCAUCAUUUCAAUACCCUUGGGAUUGCACCCAAUUCUGGAGCUGCAGAAAUAAAAAAGGCCUACCGGAAACUGGCGUUGAAAUAUCACCCAGACAAGAAUCUGGAGGCCUCAAAAGAAGAGGCAUCCCGCCGAUUUCGUGAGGUGGCUGAAGCAUAUGCAGCACUCAAUCAGUUCCUGGGCUGA